GUGGUGUUAUGUCCACCCUCUGCAGGGUGCAUUUACGAUCACUAAUUUGUUCGAAGUAUCACUGCUAAGUCUCGUCUCGAUCCAUGGAACCUCCGCCAAUGUCGUCCUUUCCUACAGUAGGUGUUCCGAAGCGAAAGGUAACCACCUGACGCCGACAGGUCUUCUCCCUCUGCUGUUGGUUUUUCUCAGUGCCCAUCUGCAGACCUCUUCCUCAUCUUUCCCGGUCUAUAACUUGGGGUCGAGUCCACGGCAGAAGCAACAGCAGGAGAGGAGGAGAAAGAAGAAGAAUAGAAAAAGAGAGGAGGAGGAGGAGGAAGAGGAGAGAAUGGGAAGCAAGGUGUUGAGAGCUGAGAGUGUGCUGAGGAUCUUGUCGCUGGUGUUCGCUGCCAUGGCUGCUCUUCUUGUAGGGUUGGACACGCAGACCAAGACAGUCUUCUUCGUCACCAGAACAGCCACUGUUAAGGACAUGGAUGCACUGUGGGUGAUGACCGUCGUCUUUUCCGUCGUUGCUGGGUAUCAUCUUCUCCAUCUCUUCAGGUGCAUGGCCUUCACUUGGCUGGGGAAGAAUCCAUGUCACUGUAACAAGUUUGUGGCAUGGUUGUACUUCGUCUUGGAUCAGGGAUCCACCUACGCCACGUUCGGGGCCACCAUGGCUGCGUUGCAGGCGGCGCUGGUGGGGUUGUUCGGCAUCGGCAGCCUCCAGUGGUCGAAGCUGUGCAACAUAUACACCAGGUUCUGCGACCAGAUCGCCGGCGGUAUAAUCUGCGGCUUGGUCGCGACGCUGGUCAUGGCCGUGGUCUCCGCCAUCUCCGCUCACCGCCUCUUCCAGCUCUAUCCUCGGACCCGCCGCUCCUCCCCGAAGUCCGCCGGCGGAGGGCGGCAGUGGCUGCUCUUUUGAGCUCGGACUCCCUCGUCUUACGGGUUUGGUUUAGGAUCCUAAGUGGAUGACGAUAUGGUAAGUAGGAGAAGCUAUGGAUAGUAGAAUGUGAGAUCAAUUAUGUUAUGAAGGGAAAUUACAAUUAGUGGUAUCUCAUCACAUCCA